AUGGAUUUUAAAUUAAUUCAGUACGCCGUUACGCGAAGCUUUUCUACGAUUAAGCGUGCCAAGCCCAUUCGCAUCAAGAAGAGCGAGGCUCGCCGCGUCGUUCCUGAUGCACCUAAGCCAAAGAACGCACUUACAGAGACCCCUGCGCCACCCCCGCCAGCGAACCCCUUCGUACAAUCCGAGCAGCAGGCACCGCAGACGUUCGGUGGCGUCAUUAAGGAGAGUUUCUUGUGGGGGCUUGGAGUGGCUGCUGCGUUCUCCGUGAUUGGCAUUGUUUUCAGUAGCAUGGAGGAGGUACGCUUGGCUUUCUAUUAG